AUGCCUCACUGUUUUUCCUCUCAAGGUUCAGUCAUCUUCAUGAAUGCCUCUGGUGUCACAGAAUUUACCUUCCUGGGUCUUCCCCAUUCCCGUCCCAUCCAGCUCCUUCUUUUCGUCCUGGUCUCAGCCUGCUAUGUUGCAAUCCUACUAAGCAAUCUUCUCAUUGUGAUGACAGUGUGUGUCGAUUCUCGGCUCCUCCAGUCCCCCAUCUACUUCUUCCUGGCCAACUUAUCCAUCAUUGAUACUGCCUUGGGUUCUGUGGCUAUCCCCAAGAUGGCAGCAGACCUGAUAAGCUGUGGUAGGACCAUCCCCUUUGCAGGAUGCAUGACUCAACUCUUCUUCCUUCACUUCUUGGGAGGUUCGGAGAUGUUCCUCCUCACACUCAUGGCUUAUGAUCGCUAUGUGGCCAUCUGCCACCCGCUUACAUACACUACCACAAUGAACCGUCUGCGUUGUGUCAAGCUCCUUACCUCCUGCUGGGUAGGAGGCCUGGUCCACUCAGCCACUCAAACAAUCCUGAUCGUCCGGCUUCCAUUUUGUGGGCCGAAUGAGUUGGACAAUUUCUUCUGUGAUGUGCAACAGGUGAUCAAACUGGCUUGUGCAGAUACCUAUGUCACUGAGAUACUCAUGGUGGCCAACAGUGGACUGCUCUCCCUUGUCUGCUUCAUCAUUUUGUUGGUUUCCUAUGGUGUCAUCCUGGCCACCCUAAAAGGACACUUCAAGGAGGGUGGAAGAAAAGCUCUGUCCACUUGUAGCUCUCAUUUGACCGUGGUCUGCUUCAUUUUUGUGCCCUGCCUCUUUGUUUACCUUGUACCUUUCUCCAGCUCCAGUGUGGACAAAAUGGCUUCCACGUUCUACACAGUAGUCACUCCUGCCCUCAAUCCCAUUGUAUAUGCCUUGAGGAAUCAGGAAAUGAAAGAGGCUAUGGGGCGAUUAAAGAAUAAAUGCUUUUUCUCAUGUUCUAGUGUGAAGGGAGAAAAAGCAUGA